CGAACUUGUCCUCCCACCAACACCAAGCCAAAAUUCAAUUCUCUUGAAAACACGAAGAUUUGAACGAUUUCCUUUUCAUUUUCGUGACUCCUAUUUCCAGUUAAUUUACUGAUCUUUUUUGAGUUGAUUUGCAUUUCAAUAUGAACAACAACGCUCCUGUUGCUACUAAUGAACCUCUUCCUCCUGUUGUACAGACGUCAUUAUUUGAUGUUGGUGCUAGAGUUCGUAAGGCUGUUCAAACUGGUUAUAAAUUUGACCAACAUUUGUUCCCUUCUUACCACAAGGAGACGACUGAUCGAACUGAACUUCCUCAACAAAAACAUGAUCCUUCUUUGCGCUUAACUGAUUUGAAAAGUGAAUUGGCUGCUGACUCUAUCUUUUGGGAUACUGCUUCCACUGAUCAAAUUGCUGAACAAUUCGCUAACCAACACUUUCUCAAAUCUCAUUGAACCAAGUUUUUUAGAGCCAUUGAUUAUCCAUUGAAAAGAAUCAAUUCAAUCGCUUGCUUUUCGGUUACCAGAGCUAACUAUUUUAUUUGUUUUUCUUUUUUACUGUUUUUUUUUGUUUAUUAAAGCAUGCUCUUCUCACCGAUCGUUAUUACUGUAUUUAUAUUUCGCCUUUUUUCUGUUUUCUUCGUUUACAAGAAAAUUGAGCAUGAACUUUCUUUAGUUUAACUUAGAAAAUUGCAUAUUCUAAUUAAAAGAGACUGUUUGC